UGUUGUCCCAGGUGUGGUCAGCCAUGGACCAGAAGAUUUUAUCCCUCGCAGCAGAGGAUCCGAAGAGCCUGCAGGGGUUUCUCGACAGCCUGGAAGAGGAUGCACUGACGGAGUUUUUCCAGCACCAGGCCUUGAAAGGAAAAGCUGUGGGGGCGCUUCUGAGAGCCAUCUUCAAAGGUUCACCAUGCUCGGAGGCUGCAGGAGCCCUGAGGAGACGUGGGAUCUACUCAUGCUGCCUGCAGCUGACUGAGUCGGGAGAACUGAAGAGAGACGUGGCUACCGAGGUUGUGGGGCUUCUGAUGCUGGAGGCCCAUCAUCUUUCUCGGGUACAGCUGGUGGCGUUGGUACAAGACUGCAUCAACGUCGUCCGAGCUGGCAGCCUGAAGACUGGCACGACCCUGGAGCUGCUGCCUGUCCUUCUCACAGUCCUGGCUACCAAAGGGGACGAGCCAACUGCCGAGAAAGGUCACUCGGUUGGAGAUGAGCAGAAGAAGGAGCUGGUCUCCAGCCUCUGUGCCACCAGGUGGGGCAAACAGCAUGUGGUCCAGCUCACUUCCAUGUUUAAGGAUGUGCCUCUGACGCCUGAGGAGCUGGAGACUGUGGUUGAAAAGGUGCUGAGAAUGUUCCCUAAGAUAAGUCUGCAAGAGAUCCCACCUCUGGUAUAUCAGCUGCUGAUCCUCAGCUCUAAGGGUAGCAGAAAGAGGGUUUUGGAAGGAAUCAUUGCCUUCUUCGACGAGCUCGACAAGCAGCACAAGGCGGAGCAGUGCGGGGACGAACUCCUGGAUCUGAUGACGGCGCCGUCAGGGGAACUGCGCCAUGUGGAGGGCACUGUCAUCCUGCACAUCGUGUUUGCCAUCAAGCUGGACCAUGAGCUCGGCCGAGAACUUCUCAAACACUCAAAGGCCGCACAGCUCGGGGACAUCACCUUGGGACCCUUCAGCAUUGCUCUCCUGCUCUCGGUUGCCCGAAUUCAGCGGUUUGAGGAUCAGGUGUUUGACCUUUUGAAGACUUGGGUUACCAGGAGCUUCAAGGACAGUCAGCUGCUCCGGGCUUCCAAGUUCCUCCAGAACCUCUUCCCGCAUCGCACCUGCGCCUCAUCUAUCCUCUUGGAAGUAGUGAACAACAGUGCCCACGGCUGGGAUCACGUGACUCAGGGUCUGCUGCAUUUGGGCUUCCUGUUCAUGGACACCUACGGGCCAAAGAAGGGAUGUGAGGGGAAACCUGUGGAGAGUAGUGUGAUCCUUGCCAGGACGCCAGGUCAUCCUGCGUGCAAGCUGGGUGCUAGUAUCCUGCUGGAGACCUUCAAGAUCCACGAGCUGGUCCGACAGGAGAUCCUGGAGCAAGUCUUCAACAGGGUGGUGACCCGAGCAUCUGCGCCCAUCAGUCAUUACCUGGACCUGCUUUCCAGCAUCGUCACCUACGCGCCCUUGGUCCUUCACAGCUGCUCUUCGAAAGUCAUAGAAACCUUCGACUAUUUGUCCUUCCUGCCCCUCCCAACGGUCUACGGGCUGCUGAGGGCAGUGCAGCCGCUUCUGAAGGUCAGUGUGGCCAUGCGAGACUCGUUGAUCCUGGUGCUCCGGAAGGCUAUGUUUGCCCGGCAGCUGGAGGCCCGCAGGGCAGCGGUGGCUGGUUUCUUGCUGCUCCUGAAGAGUUUCAAGGUGCUGGGUAGCCUCGCCUCUUCCCAGUGCAGCCAGUCCAUCGGCACCAGCCAGGUCUGUGUGGAUGUCCACAGCCGCUACAAUUCCGUAGCCAAUGAGACCUUCUGCCUGGAGAUCUUGGACAGUCUGCGGCGAUGCCUGGGCCAGCAGUCCAACGUGCGUCUCAUGCUCUAUGAGGGCUUCUGUGACGUCCUCCGCCGGAACUCGCAGCUGGCAACCUCAGUCAUGCAAACUCUGUUCUCCCAGCUGCAGCUGUACUACGAACCCGAUCCAGAUGUGCUGCCGCCCCUGAAGCUCGAGGCUUGUGUGGUGAUCCAGGGGGGCCAGGCCUGCCUGCAGGAACCACUGGACUCACUCCUGUGCUGCAUCCAGCAGUGUCUGGCCUGGUACAAGGCCAAUGUGACACUGCUCCAGCAGGGCAGCGGGCAUGACGCAGAGGAGGAUGGGGACGAGGACCAGGAUGGCUUCUACCAGGCCCUCGAUGACAUGUUCGAGUCCCUCACACGGAGGAUGGUCAAGAGUGAGCUGGAGGACUUAGAGCUGGACAAAUCUGCAGAUUUUUCGCAGACCACUGAUGCUGGGCUCAGAAACAGCCUCUGCGCAUCUCUGGUGAUGGGCGUCUGUGAGGUGCUCAUGGAGUAUAAUUUCUACGUUGGUAACUUCAGCAAGAGCAAGUUCGAGGAGAUGCUGGGCUUGUUUGCAUGCUACAGGAAGGUCUCGGAUGUCCUGAGUGAGAAGACGGGGAAGGGCCGGCCGAAGAGUGGCAGCAAAGCCCAUGAGAGCCUCUUGUCCCUCCGCUUCCUGGCUGACCUGCUCACUGCCCUCUUUAGGGACAACACACAGAGCCACCAGGAGAGCCUGUCGGUGCUGCGGGCCAGCGGGGAUUUGGAGCGCUAUGCGGUGCAGGUGGCCCUGCAGAAGCUGCAGCAGCUCCAGGACUUGGGUUGCAUGGGCAGCCCCAACGGCCAGAGCCCUGAGAAGCUCUUCCAGCAUGUCUGUGCCAUCACUCGGGUGCUCCUGUGGCAUUACACAUCUGUCCCUACGACCGUGGAGGAGUCAGGCCGGGGCCGGGAGCGCGGCAAGAGCGUGUCGCUGCUGUGCCUGGAGGGGCUGCAGACCGUGUUCAGGCUCCUGGAGCACUUCCACCCUCCCAAGGUCCAGCAGUUCUUAAGUGCACUAGAGGUCACGGAGGAGGGUGCCGAGGCAGAAGUCAGCGUCACCCAGAGGGCCGCCUUCCAGAUUCGCCAAUUCCAGAGGGCCCUGCUCAACCUUCUUAGCCUCUCAGAGGCCGAUGCGAGCGGCCGUGAGGCCCUGCUGUUGGUGAGCAUUCUGUCCGGCCUGUGCAAGCUGCUAGAGCCCAGCUCUCCACAGUUCACACAGAUGCUGACCUGGACUAUGAACAUCUGCAAGGAGAAGAGCUGCAAGGACUCAGCCCUCUGCAAGGCCCUUCUGAGUCUGCUGCUGUCCCUGCACUCGCUCUGCAAGAGCCCCGCGGCCCUGCUGCGAGACCUGGCCCAGGACAUCCAUGGGCAUCUGGGCGAUAUUGACCAGGACGUGGAGGUGGAACAGACCAACCACUUUGCCGUGGUGACCCUGAGGACGGCCGCCCCAGCUGUGUGUCUGCUGGUGCUGAGUCAGGUGGAGAAGGUGCUGGAGGAGGUGGAUUGGCUGACUGUGAAGCUCAAGGGACAGGUCGGCAGGGAAACAGUGUCAGGUGAGUCAGCCUGGGCAUCCAGGAUGGCACCCCAGUCCUCUACGGAGAAGGCCGCAGUUGUGCAGCUGGGCACCCUGCUCACGGCUUUCCAUGAGCUGCUGCAGACGGCGCUGCCAUCAGGGGGAUGCGUGGAUGCCCUGCUGAGGGGCCUGUGCAAGAUGUACACCAUGCUGACUGCACUGGUCAAAUAUUCCAUCCAGGUGUGUCAGGGCUCCAGGGGGAUUCCCAAGAACAUGGAAAAGCUGGUGAAGCUGUCAGGCUCUCACCUGACCCCCGUCUGCUACUCCUUCAUCUCCUACGUGCAGAAUAAGAAGAGCUUCCAGACGAAAGGGGAGAAGGGCAAGGAGAAGGGCACAGAGGCCACGGCCAUGGCCCGAGCUCUCCGGGAGACCAAGCCCAUCCCCAAUCUGAUCUUCGCCAUCGAGCAGUAUGAAAAGUUUCUCAUCCUGCUCUCCAAGAAGUCUAAGGUCAACCUUAUGCAGCACAUCAAGCUCAGCACAUCCCGAGACUUCAAGAUCAAAGGCAGCGUCCUGGACGCAGUGCUCCGUGAGGAGGAGGAGGAAGAGGAAGAGGAGGAAAAGGAGGAGGAGGGCACCGAGGAGCCGGAACCCUCCAAGGCAAAGAGGAAAAGGAAAUCCUGAGUCAACAGCGUGAGC